UAAAACUGAGCAGAUUUGUCGAGAAGCUCCACAAUAUCAACGCAAACGCGAAACGAGCAACAGGCCCCAAAUAAUUAACAAAGUUGCGUUUUCUUUUCUGUUACGUAGAUGUCCGUAGUGCCUCUAAUGUUCCGUGAUUGGUGGGAUGAACUUGAUUUUCCAAUGCGCACCUCGCGCCUCUUGGAUCAGCACUUUGGCACGGGCCUGAAGCGCGACGAUCUGAUGUCAUCGGUAUGGAACUCACGCCCCACAAUGCUGCGCUCCGGCUAUCUGCGUCCCUGGCAGCGUUCGGCCAACAGUCUGCAAAAGCAGGAGUCCGGCUCUACGCUCAACAUUGAUAACGAAAAGUUUGAGGUUAUACUGGACGUGCAGCAGUUCUCGCCCAAUGAGAUCACUGUCAAGGUGGCCGACAAGUUUGUCAUUGUGGAGGGCAAGCAUGAGGAGAAGCAGGACGAGCAUGGCUUUGUCUCGCGCCAGUUCUCCAGACGCUAUCAGCUGCCAAGUGAUGUGCAUCCAGAUACAGUUACCUCUUCACUCUCCUCGGAUGGUCUGCUGACCAUAACGGCGCCCAUGAAGAAGCUGCCACCCCCACAAAGCGAGCGCCUGGUGCAAAUUACACAGACUGGACCCUCCUCCAAGGAGGACAAUGCCAAAAAGGUUGAGACCACAACCACCUAAGCCUAAAGCCUUUUUUAUACACACACAUUAGUUAGUCUUUAAUAAUGUUUAUAAUAUACAAUAAAAUAUAAUAAUAACUUUGA